ACAAAGCAAUUGCACGCACAAUUUCUGAUUUCAGCUAUUUGCCUUGUAUAUCAAGACCUUUGGCCAUGAAUUUGAAAACGAUUCGCAACGCUACACCCUGUCUACAUUUUCAAGUCUGAUCCUCUUCUUUUCCGGAAGGGAAGGAUAAAAUUAAAGUACCCCGUUAUCACAAGAGGCUCUUCGAAACCGUCGGUACGUGGCUGACCUAUACGAAAGAAAAGUCAACUCCCAUUGCUUUAAAUACAGCAAGUGUUUGUUUUCAUUGCCUCUAGAGGUAUUUGCGUAUGGUAAGUAACACCGUCAUGCAACCCUUGGUCCUUUCAAGUCGACAUUCAGCAUCUAGGUACCACUUCUAUUGUUCUCUCGUGGCUGUGUCGACUCCAUCAACACUAUGGACCAACUACAGGGGAUUGACAAGCUCUAGRAGAUUCAUUAAAAUAGUCAUUUGCCCGGCUCGCAUCAACAUCAACAAGCUGUCUAUUGUAAAGCAAAAGAAUUGAACAGUCCUGGACGAACGUAGCUUGUAUAUUUACACGCUUAUCAUGCGAGCACAGUGUGACAAGUCGAGGGUUGAACAAGUAAGGAAUAAAGUUGCAAAACUCAAGAGGAAUUUGCUAAUCGCCGAGAACAAGCUCAGAGAAGCUCGAGAAAGUUUGUUAGCUAGCUCAGAUGAAAGGUUAAAGAAAACCCUUGGUUUUCGAUGGAGAUACGAACGCCAGGUUAAAAGCCGAUCUUUGGUUACAGAAGUCAUUCCUGUGUUAGCUCCGCCAUGCAGGAAUAUUGCUGUGCAGAGAUUCCAUGACCGCUUGGGAUUUCGAAACAUAGCAUACGCCAGCACGAAGCCUAGUGCUGGAGACAGAUGCUCAAUGCACCACUCAGUGGUCACAGAUCGUUGUAAGACCAUCGUUAAAAAAGAAUUAUCGAAUUCAUCUGAGCCUAGCAAUAAACCGCGAAGCAUCGCGAAUAGUGGUUAUCACUUACGACGAAUGACCUCAAAGGUCUGUGCAGCCCGAAACAAAUCAAGUAACUUCCAGAUCAAGUUUAAAACCCUGCGUGAAAGAUUACACUACUUGGAAGCAAAGAUCUUAAAAACAAAAUCUAGAGUAGAAAUUGCUGACAGUUUGAUCAAAGUGUUGAAGGAAAGGCUGAGCUUUCUUGGCGAGCGCGUCAAAGCUCACGAGGUGAAUAGGAGAUACCGACGUGAAUCAAUGCAGAAGAUUUCUGAUCUGGAAAAUCGAAUCACGAUAGCUCUAAACAAGGCCAUAGAGGUGGAGAAUCUUGAAGGAGUCUUAGAAACUAGGGUGCUGGAGAUUGAAGAUAGUAUUGAGGUUUAUAACAUGAAAAUCCAAAGAGCACAGGAUGUUUUGCAUCGACUGAACCAGGGGAAAAUACCAGCGAAUACCUGCACUGUGACAAUGGUAUUCAGAAGGAUUAGUUUAUCAAGCCAAUUUAGUUUCAAGCCGCCGUUGCCUGUGCUGCUACAAGCAACCUAUUGUGAGGAAUCAGAUUAAUUCAUUCAAGUCAAGCGAUCAGCAAUAUUUUUAAUAUCUCAAGCUUUUUGCGCAUUUGACAAUACACAUGGUUGAGUGUAGCACAUAUGAAGCCGAACAUUAAAUAAGUGUAUAGUAUGUACGUAUACGUAGAACGUUAAAUUUGUAACUUUUGACUAAAACUUCUGAGCAGUAAAAUUAAUACAACGUAUGGCAUAGUUGGGAUCACUUUGCGAGACUAGUUUCCUGGAAUGACAUAUAGUGAGGAAAUUACGUCCUUGCCUCAACUAAAGCCUAAGGUAAUGUACGUUAUUCGAAGCUUGGGAGAUGGUGCUUUAGACAUUUGCAUUAGUUGCUCGUUAUAAAUAAAUUCCUGGUCAAGCUGAAA